GGGGCCGGCUGUGUGUGUAAGUCUGUGCUCUCAUUCAUGCACAGUGUAUAGCAGCCGACCGGCGACACAGACGGCUCUGCUCCCUCAGACCGACAGAAAGGGUUGUGACCCUGUACAGCAGCAGCCACCAUGGCAGAAGCUCACCAGGCGGUGGCCUUCCAGUUCACCGUCACUCCGGAUGGCAUCGACCUCCAGCUGUGCCACGAGGCUCUACGCCAGAUCUACCUCUCUGGCCUGCACUCCUGGAAGAAAAGGUUCAUCCGCUUCAAGAAUGGGGUAAUGACUGGUGUGUACCCGGGCAGCCCUGGUGGGUUCAUGAUAGUGGUUGUGUCCUACAUGUCCUACAACAAAUAUCAACAGCUGGAUCCCUCUCUGGGCUUGAUUGCCAAGCUGGGACAACACAUACCCAUCAGUCGAUACAUCUCCACUGACAGCCAGAGGAUUGUUGGAGGCGUUCUGGUGGGCACGGGCCUGUGGGUCAGCAUAAUCAUGAUUAUGAGGAAUGUCCUGAAGUCCCUGUUGUCGUGGCAUGGCUGGAUGCAUACCCGCCAUGGCUCUGUGUCCUGGUCUACUCGUGUGUGGAUGGUAUUAGUGAAGGUGUUCUCUGGCAGGAAGCCAAUGCUCUACAGUUUCCAGAACUCCCUGCCGCGACUCCCUGUUCCCACUAUCAAGGACACCUGCACACGGUACCUGGAGUCAGUGCGUCCACUGAUGGAUGAUGAGCGGUAUGAACGGAUGGAGGGCUUGACUAAAGACUUUGAGAAGAAUCUGGGACCCAGACUGCAGUGGUACCUCAAACUCAAGUCCUGGUGGGCCUCUAACUAUGUCAGUGACUGGUGGGAAGAGUAUAUUUACCUUCGAGGCCGUGGGCCCAUCAUGGUCAACAGCAACUACUAUGCCAUGGAUUUCCUGUAUGUGUUCCCCACCUCCAUCCAGGCUGCCAGAGCAGGUAAUGCCAUCCAUGCUACCAUGCUCUACAGGAGAAAACUGGACCGAGCCCAGAUCAAGCCAAUUUACUUGCUGGCGAACAAGGUUCCUCUGUGUUCGGCUCAAUGGGAGUGGAUGUUUAACACCACCCGCGUCCCUGGUUUGGAGACAGACGUCCUUCAGCACGUGAACGAUAGCAAACACAUAGCUGUGUACCACAAGGGACGUUUCUUCAAGGUGUGGAUGUUUUAUGACGGGCGGUUGCUGUUGCCACGGGAGAUCGAGCAGCAGAUGGCGAGGAUCUUGGCCGACACCACCGAGCCUCUGCCGGGAGAGGAGAGACUAGCCGCGCUGACUGCAGGGGACAGGACUCCAUGGGCCAACGCUCGAGAGACCUACUUCGCCCGCGGUAAGAACAAGCAAUCUCUGGACACCAUCGAGAAGGCAGCCUUCUUUGUUACCCUUGAUGACACUGAGCAGCGCUACGACGAAGACAACCCAGUCAAGUCUCUGGACAGCUAUGCCAAGUCCCUCCUCCACGGAAAGUGCUACGACAGAUGGUUUGAUAAGUCCUUUAACCUGAUAGUUUUUAAGAAUGGCACCAUGGGACUGAACGCAGAGCAUUCCUGGGCUGAUGCUCCAAUCAUCGGCCAUCUCUGGGAGCAUGUUCUUUCCAUGGACCCUGUUAAGCUGGGAUAUACUGAGCAGGGUCACUGCUGUGGGGAGCCCCACCCCAACCUGCCGGGUCCUCAGAGGCUGUCGUGGGACAUCGCUGCUGAGUGCCAGGACGUCAUCCAGAGCUCUCUGACAGUAGCCAGGACUCUGGCUGAUGAUGUGGACUCUCACAUUUUCCCCUUCAAUGACUUUGGCAAGGGUCUGAUAAAGAAGUGCCGCACCAGUCCUGAUGCCUUCAUCCAGAUCGCCCUGCAGCUGGCCCAUUACAGGGACAAGAAGAAGUUCUGCCUGACAUACGAAGCCUCCAUGACGCGUUUGUUCCGUGAGGGCCGGACAGAAACUGUGCGCUCCUGCACCCUAGAGACUUGUGCCUUUGUCCGUGCCAUGGUCGCAGAGGAGACGAGAGAAGAGUCUCUCCGGUUGCUCAAAGUGGCCGCAGAGAAGCACCAAAACAUGUACCGCCUGGCAAUGACAGGAGAGGGCAUCGAUCGCCACCUUUUCUGCCUCUAUGUGGUUUCCAAGUACCUCGGAGAAGACUCGCCCUUCCUCAAGGAGGUCCUCUCUGAGCCGUGGAGGCUGUCCACCAGUCAGACGCCCCUGCAGCAGGUCGAGCUGUUCGAUCUGGUCAGACACCCCGAGUACGUGUCCUCCGGAGGUGGAUUUGGUCCAGUGGCUGAUGAUGGUUAUGGUGUCUCCUACAUCAUCGUUGGUGAGAACCUCAUCAACUUCCACAUCUCCAGCAAACACUCAAGCCCAGAAACUGACUCUCACCGUUUCGGCGCCAACAUCCGACAGGCCAUGCUUGACAUACUGGAUCUCUUCCAGCUCGAGAAGAAAACUAAGUGAUGAGCCCUCUCCAUGGGUUGCAUUAACAUAAUAAGUUGUUUUUAGCAAGAAAUCUAUUCUUUCUGAGGUUUGUACAGAAUCAAAUAUUGGAUUUUGGGUUAAUUGAUGUUACAGAAAUAAGAAUGAUUGAGAGUUUUUGUCAAUGUGUUUUUGAGCGGUUAUGCGUUCUGUAUUUAUAGGCAAGGUGAGAUACUGGUGUUAUUGGAUACAGGUAGUGCACAGAUCAACAUUUGUACUGACAGGACUGUUCUUCUGGGUGCCUUAGUGACCCACGGGCAGAGAGGGAGGGGGACAUUAGAGCUCUCGUCUGUAUUACCACACUAAAGGAUUGUUCAUUGUCAUCAUCCAUUAUUGCACUCUCGUUUUGAAGUUGAGAGAUGGUGCAAUAUGUUCACUAGUGUUGUCCUGGUUUUAAAAAUCCUAUGAAAUUUUGUUUUUGGUUUCUCCUUUUCAAUUGCAUCACCUGAGUCACGUGUAAAUGGCCAAAGCAGUAAAUGUGAUAUUAAAUAUCAUCAACAAAUAAUUGCAUGUUGCAUGGUGUCGAUUAAUUUCAUACGGCUCGGUUUAAAUGGAGUCUGAUUUGCUAGCCUGAACAAUUGUAUCCAGUAAUGUUCUACAGUAAAACAAUUGAUCUGUACUAACGAUGAGUACAGGUAUUCAGCUCUGGUCUGGAGCGUGACCCUGUAACGGUGAGAUCCCGGGUACCAACACAGAAGACAGGGAGAUAAUCAAUGGAUCCACAAGCUGCUGUCAUCGUAUGGUGGAGCGUAGAGGCACAUCAUGGUUGUGUUUGUCAUGUUCAUUACUCAGGUUUCUUUUUUUAAACUUGGCCUAGUAUUCUAGAGUGCUGGCUCCAGCAUUGGAAGAUUAGUGCUUAUGUUGCAGAGUACAUGUGCAACAGUAGAAGAUAAUUGAAAUGCAGUACAAUGCCGUGUGACCCCGAUGAGCUGGUGGGUAGUACAACGUAAAGUCUGCUGUGGAAGUGCGAGGAUCGGCAGGGCGGGGUGUGUUUCUGGGCUGAUUGAUGACAAAGUGCGUGGUCAGUGGUGACUUUUUAUUUUCUUGUGUUUUAAAAAAAGUUGUGCACUCCAUGACUGGUCCUUUAGUUCAAACUAACCAAUUCCCAACUACCUUGGUAGCCUUUAGUCAGAUCAACAUGAAUUUGUAUGAGCAAAUACGUUGUCCGUUACAACAUAGCGGUAUUUCAACUGUCAAAAUGAGUUGCAGAGUCUCUUACUAGGCUGUGAUGUCUCCAGUAAAGUACGAAAUCUUUUAUUUUUUCCUCAGAGUGAUACUUAAGAAGUGCAGAUAUAGAGGGGCUGUCACGUAGGGAUGCAUUUCUGUUCUUAUGUAUAUGUUGUCGGUUCAUAUCUAUUUAUUUUCCAUGUUUAAACUUCUUUUAUUCAAAAAAAAAACAUGCAUAUUUACCAGCUGAAUGUGGCGAAUGAUGUGCACUAAGUUAAAGCUUUGCUGAUUUAAGAAGUAAAACACAAAAUACUUUCUUUUUUUUCUUUUUUGACGUGACAGUUUUGUUCUCACAGACUUUGCAAGUACGGUGAAGUUGUAUGACUUUUUAUCUCGGUAGACCUCAUGUUGACACUGCUGCAUGUUUUUUUUUGAAGACGAAGCUGUAUAUGUUUGCCUUUUCAUUCAAAGAUGGUGUAAAAAGACAGCUGAUAUACCAAAACGAGUUUUAACAAUAAAGUGAAUGUCAGACAGCUGUAUGA